UGACUUGCUGAUGCUCAGCGAUAAGAGCAACCACUUUGUGGAAGUCACAUUAGACUCAAACCCAACCAACGAAGCACCUGGAUCCUUCUGCCUCCCAAUCGCUUGAGAAAAGCUACAAUUCAUCAUGAAGGUUUUUGUAUUAAUAUGGAGCUUUACUGUUGUAGGUUUGGUGUCCUCUGUGACAGUGACCAUUCAAAACCCCGCAAUAAAUGUAACUGUGGGAGAAAAUGUUACCCUGUACUGUACUUAUACACCUGCUGGGACCAUUACACCCAAUUUGUUUAUACAAUGGAGUGUCACUGAGGCUGCUUCUCAGGAAACAAACUACGUUUACUAUUUCCUGAACGGAAAGCCUAAUACUGCAGGAAGAUACGUGAACCGGGUCACUGCAGCAAAUACGCCAGGAAAUGCUUCAAUAACCAUUUCUAACCUGCAGCCAGCGGAUACAGGGCUGUACACGUGUGAAGUGACAGAUCCACCAUCUGGACCUAGUCAGGGAACAGUUCGAUUGACAGUGAUGGUUGCCCCUUCUGCUCCACACUGUUCUAUGCGGGGGCCUAUGGAGACUGGACACUACUUAUCCCUUUAUUGUUAUUCCGAAGAGGGGAUGCCUCGGCCAACGUACACUUGGAAAAGAGUAAAGAAUGGAGAAUUGACGCCAAUACCUGUACAGACAAAUCAGAAGAAAGGUAUCCUAAUUAUAGGAAAUCUGACAACGUUUGAUGAUGGAUACUACAGAUGUACAGCCAGCAACAGCCUAGGAAAUGCAACCUGUGAACUAGAUCUACAUACAGGAGGUGAAGCCGGAAUCAUCGUAGGGGGCAUUAUUGGCGCAGUGCUGCUUGCAGCAAUUAUUUUUGCAGUUAUCUUUUUCCUUGUUACAAAGAAGAAGAAGAACAAAAAACAAUUGCCAGCAGCCAGUGAGAUGAAGGCGGUACCUUCUGCUGAACCCCAUGCAUACCAAGCUGUACCGAAUGUAGCACGUGACCCAGCCAGUGAAAACCUUGUAGAAUCAGAGCCUUCUGGGACUAUUGAAUUCCAUGACCAUGCUGGAAAUGUGGCGUCUGCUAAUGGAGAAAUGGAAAAUCCCUCAGCGUAAACACCCAGAACACCGUUAAAUAAUAAAUAUCUGUAUUUUUUUCCUUUUGGUUGAGCAGCGGUUCUAAAUGUAAACAAGAGGGACUGGAUACCCAACGUGUCUGGAAAUGUAAAUGUGGUUUAGCUCAAAAAGAAAAAAGAAAAAGUUGUUUUUAUACAUUUAGUACAUUAGCGCAUUUAUAUUAUUCUUGUUUAGACUUUUUUUAUGUAAUGUUUAUCAGCAGUGUUAAAACAGCAGCAAUAAGUGUAUUCUACGAAAUCAAGUUAUUGACAUCACAUUGGGAUAUUUUUCUUCUAGUUUUUUUAGUACGUUGCUGUGGCAGUGAAUAUUUACUAUCUUACAUGUCUAUGAACUUUUAUAGUUUACAAUAUGGAUGCCAGAAGUAACGUUUAUAUACAAAAUCUUACGACUUAGAUGCCUCUAGCAGAGGGUUCUGGGAAAUCGUCUUACUGCCAAACACUUUAAAAAUGGUGCUGUUUUUCAAUACUGCUGUUCCUUAGUGGGUUUAUCUGCAGAAAAUUUUCCAGUGGGACAAAGCUAUAAUUUGUAUAGUCACUGUCACUCCUUUUCAUUGUCACCCCAAUUAAUUCAGUGAAAAGGCAAAUUGCAAGGAGGGAGCACUUGCCCUCUUCUGUGGACAGCCAUGUUUGUUCACAAGUUUCUUCACAAACAUACACACACUUAAAGGUUAUUAUUUUUUUCUUUUUAUGUAUUAUGGUGUGAGUGGUGAUUGUUGAAGACUUUGAAUUGAAGUUGUUUAAACUAUGAGUUAACCCCAAUCAGGGAGUCAGAGUCUGGGUAAUUAUCAAAUAUUAGUCUUUUCAUGGGGUUAUUCACUAACGUGAGAAUUGUUGGGGAUUUAAAGUGAAUUUCAAAUUUAAAGCCAAAGUAGUUUAAAUGAAAAGAAUUAUCUCAGUCAGCUAUGAUUCCCGCUCAGCCGCUUUGACCUUAAAUUUGAAAUUCUUUUUGAAUUAAGAACAAUUAUAACUUUAGUGAGUAACCCUGCUUGUUUGUUUUUGUACAUUCCCUAAAAUUUAUUUUCUUGGCUUUGGUAGCACCAAUAUUGUAGAAAGGCGACAAGCCUUGACUUAAAAAGCUUUCUAAAUGGUUCAAUACUGUAAGGAAAAAAAUCCAAACAAUUCAUCUACAGAAAUGACCAUUAAGUU